GCACCAUCACAAGGUGGAAGUAGCGCUACGUCAACCUAUCUUCUACCGCAGCAAAGUAAUUCCGCAAAACCGGCAACUUAUCCCCCCAGCGGUCAACCAGGCACUACAUCAACAUAUCUAGCACCAUCACAAGGUGGAAGUAGCGCUACGUCAACCUAUCUUCUACCGCAGCAAAUCAAUCCCUCAAGUCCGAAAAAAUAUUCGCCCAAUGAUAAGGCAUUGGCAUCUUCACAAGGUGGAAGUAGUGCUGCAUCAACGUGUGCUACAGCUCGGCAAAGUAGUGCUCAAAUACCUUACUCUGGAAUGGCGCAAGCUGGGCGAGGUGCUGUUCAGAAUUUGAAUUGUUCGAAUAAACGUACCGAUGUGAAUGCUAACCGAGGAGUCGAACUGCAUCCUCCUGUCAGUGCUGGGGUGAAUGUCAAGAGACAUUACACUGUUACCUAUGGAACGUUUGAAAGCCAACCUGUAGUUCCUUUUCAAGGAAAUUUUGUUAGUUCAAAUACAAUUAAUUUUGUCAAAAAUUCGAGUACGAACAUCGGAAAAGGCGAAAGAUCUUCAUCAGCAAUAAAUGACGCUCAGAGUGAAGGGCAACUCAAAAAUUCAUCCUCUCCGUGUGUCACAGCUGGUCUGAAGACUUCAACCCCUAAAGUUACCGUGUCAAGUGAAUACAUCUACAAAGGAAUUCUCAAACCGCACAGUAACUCUCAAAGUGAAGGGCAAAUCAAAAAUUCAUCCUCUCCGUGUGUCACAGCUGGACUGAAGACUUCAACCCCUAAAGUUAUCUACAAAGAACUUCUCAAACCGCAGAGUGGAGGGCAAAUCAAAGUUUCAUCCUUUGUGCGUGUCACAGAUGGAAUGAAGACUUCAACCCCUAAAGUUAUCGACAGAGAAAUUCUCAAACCGCAGAGUGGCGCUCAAAGUGAAGGGCAAAUCAAAAAUUCAUCCUCUCCGUGUGUCACAGCUGGACUGAAGACUUCAACCCCUAAAGUUAUCUACAAAGAAAUUCUCAAACCGCAGAGUGGAAGGCAAAUCAAAAUUUCAUCCUUUGCGCGUGUCACAGAUGGAAUGAAGACUUCAACCGCUACCAUUUCAAGUGAACACAUCUACAAAGGAAUUAUUAAAUCGCAAAGUGGAAGAAGCAAAGGAUCUGAAAGCGGCUCUUACAGUAAUAAAGAUGCAAUAAAAAGCUUUAAAAAUUCAACAGGUCGGAAUAGCAGCAAAACUUCUCGAUCUGAUACUGGUGACAAUGAGAAAAAAUCAACGUCGAAUUCAGUUUCUAAUAAGUAUAAGCGUUGA